AUGGAUUACAUGUUAGCAAACAAUUUAUUAAAUAGUAACCAACAUGGUUUUCAAAAGAACAAAAGCUGUACUACUAAUCUACUAAAAACACAAGAUAUUUUACUUGAUGCUAUUGAGAAUGGCUGGUGUGCUGAUGUGUUGUAUACAGAUUUCUCAAAAGCUUUUGAUAAAGUACCUCAUAUGCGAUUGAUGUCAAAGUUAAUAUCAUAUGGUAUAGUUGGAGUAAUUCUAAAUUGGAUAGAAGCCUAUUUACAUAAUAGAAAGCAACGAGUAAUUUUAGGGGAUUGUGUAUCAAAAUGGCUAACAUUUGAGAGUGGAGUUCCACAAGAUGAAGAUAUCCGUAUAAACAAAUUACAACUAGAUAUUGAUAAUAUUAUGAAAUGGUCGUCACUAUGGUUAAUGAAAUUUAACUAUGAAAAGUGUAAAAUUAUGCACAUUGGUUUUAAAAAUCCUUGUAUAACUUAUUCAAUGUUCGACGCUGAAACUCAACAGUAUAAUAUAUUAGCAGCAUCAAAAGUAGAACGUGAUUUAGGAUUUAAAGUUUUUAUUACAUUGCCUCUUCUUAAUCAUCUCCUUAAUGAACUAGAAAAUAGGUUUGAUAUUGAGAGCUUAAUUGUUUAUAAUGGUCUUUGUGCUAUUCCUGCUAAGUAA